GAAGCAGCGUGGGCAGCCAGCCUCCCUGUGGCACCGCUGCGUCACGGUUUUUCCAGUGACGAGGAGGCUGCGCUGCGGAGCGGUCUGUCUCAGACAAGGGGAAGGCUGCCACUGACAGUGUGCUCUGCUACAGUCGAGACAAAAGCGAGAGGUCUGUUUGAGGAUAAAGUGCAAUUGUGUCGCUUGGAUUGUGACUAUAUUUUCACUAAUGAUGAUCUGAUAUCUGAAGUAUUGAUCAGCUCCAUGCUAGCUAGAGCCAUGAGCGGUUUACUGAAGAGGAAGUUUGAGGAGGUCUGUGAUGAGGACCAGUGCUACUCCUCGUCCUCCUCCCUGUCGUCCUCAGCCUACUCCGGGUGGGACUCGGAGGGCGAGAGCUGCUACUCAGACACCCUUGACUCAACACCCAGCAACCCUGGCUCUCCAGACACACACUACAAUACCAAGUCCAUCCUGAAGAAGGCUAAGUGUGAGCAGGGUGGGCGGGGCAACGUGACCUUUGACAUGCUGACAGUGUUCCUGUUCCCGCGGUGCCAGGGCUUCAGCAGCGUGCCCAGUAGGGGGGGCUGUUCCCUGGGCAUGAUGCAGCACCACAGCGCCCUCCGCAGGUACACCCUGGAUGAGUACGCUGUGGAGCAACACACCCUCCGUCGGGAGAAACUCCUCGACCGCCUCCGAGAGGAGAAACUGGAUGCUCUCAAACAGAAGCUGACUAAGGGAGGCACGGUAGAGUCAGAGGAGGCUGACCGCCUCACCGUCGAAGACAUCCCAGAGGACGAGAUGGACAUUAGCAGCUGUAACCUAGACGACGGCUCCUUCCUCCACCCCUACCCCUCCAAGAGGAGACAUGCCCUGCUGAAGGCUGCGGGGGUGAAGGUGGAGAAGCAGGAGAAGAGACAGCUGCAGCAGCUCCGAGUGUCCAGGGAGGACUGUGGGUGUGACUGCCAGGGUUUCUGUGAGCCAGAGACCUGUGCCUGCAGCCUGGCAGGCAUCAAGUGUCAGAUGGACCACUCGUCAUUUCCCUGCGGCUGCACUAAGGAUGGCUGCGGUAACCAGGAAGGUCGUAAAGAGUUCAACUCCAGCCGGGUUCAGACCCACUACAUCCACACCAUCAUGAAGCUAGAGCUGGAGAAGAGACUGGAGGAGACGUCUGGACCAGAGGAAGAGGACCUGGAAGAGACCGCCCCAUGUCACUACUACAACCCCUUGUCCAACCGCUCCUCCUUCCACUUCAUCUCAAAGCUGGCGGCGGUCAGGGAGAACAGCUGUAGUAGCGACAUGACCGACUCCUCUGCCUCCUCUGGGGGGAGUGAAUCCUCAGAGGAAGGGGCGGAGUUAUUGGUGGGGUUAGGGCGGCGCUCCCGGGAGGAUGGCCCUCUGCGGGAUGAUGUGGAUGAGAACGGACUGAGCCGCAUCCUCAGCUUCAGUGACAUCGACGACAACGACGACUACAAUGUAAACAACCGCGUUGUCAAUGACAACCGCUGCUGCCCCGAGCAACGUCUACAGCAACAGCCGUGGAUGUUGACAGGGUUUAUUACGGCAGACUUCCAAGAGGAUAAUAACAAUCUAGAGGUGCACAGAGACAACCGGGCCAUGGCCAUAACACAACUGUUAGAUGAUAACGCUAACCAAGGCAACGCUCUGUUCCACCACAGCGGCUGCAGUGUCCCCAACAUGCCCUCUUUCUCAGUAGACAGCCCCAACACCCCCUCUUCCUCAGUAGACUGCCCCAACACCCCCUCUUCCUCAGUAGACUGCCCGAACACCCCCUCUUCCUCAGUAGACUGCCCCAACACCCCCUCUUCCUCAGUAGACUGCCCCAACACCCCCUCUUCCUCAGUAGACUGCCCCAACACCCCCUCUUCCUCAGUAGAUGGCACCGCUGCCAGCCUGUCCUCAGAGUCUGACCUGGAGUUCUUUGAUGGUUUCUGUCUGGGUCCUUCCUCCCUCUACAACUCCCUAAAGGAAUACCAACACAUGGACAGCUUCUUUCACUUCCAGUUGCCUAGUUACCCCAGCAGCCAAUCACAGGCCAGUGACCCUGGGGCCUGUCUCCUGGAGUCUCUGAUUGGUCUGUCAGAAUCUGUCCCAGAACCCCCUGCAACGUUCAGACAAUCAACCAGACCUGAACUGCCAACUGUGUUCUGGGCUAUGUAGUGAAUUAGGGGGGACCGUAGGUAAACUGCUGUUGGAAGAAGCUGUGAUUUCUCGCUCCCCUAUCUAUUGUUAAUGAGAUUCCGUUCUUGCUUUCCAAAUCUUAGCAAAAGCAGUUGGUAAUUAUUGCUGUAUGAAAUGGCAGCGAACAUUUAAUUUGGAAAAAAGAAAGUGAGACUAACAUAAACGUGAACGCUCGAUUGUGUAAUCUGAGUCAUGUAUCUGUGACCAUACGCUGAUGCCGUGUGCUGAAGCCAAGCCUGCCCCUCCACACUAACACAACACAGAGGGUAACUGGUGCUAGUUGCUGUUCUGUUUGGGGACAUGGCCAGUAGGGACUUUUUCAGGGACUUUUUCUAGCUUUAGGAAGCAGACCGUUGUGGCCAUUGAAACACUGUUGGAUUUACACACACAGAGACACACAGAGACACACACACAGAGAGAGACACACACACAGAGAGAGACACACACACAGAGAGACACACACACACAGAGAGACACACACACACAGAGAGACACACACACACAGAGAGACACACACACACAGAGAGAGACACACACACAGAGAGAGACACACACACAGAGAGAGAGACACACACAGAGAGAGAGACACACACAGAGAGAGACACACACACAGAGAGAGACACACACACAGAGAGAGACACACACACACAGAGAGACACACACACACACAGAGACACACACACACAGAGAGACAGACAAACCCCCACUAGAAUCAUAACGUCCUCAUAACCCCGUUUCCCAUUACGUCUCUGUGCUCCGUCCCAGUUGACCCAGUUAGGGGGGGGUGUCAACCCCUGUGUUUCAUCCUAAAGCUAGAGGCCCCCAUAAUGGUGCCCAAGGCUCUGGUAUGGUACAGCAGUCCCUCCGUAAGCCCCUUGGUCAGCACUUUAUCUGUGAAACUGAUGAUUGAUGAACCAUAACUUCCUGGUUCUCCAUCUAUGAUUGACUUUUACUUGUAAUUAGUUUUUGGUUUUUUAUUUUAUGAUUUUCAAUUUAUUUUCAGAUAAAAAAGCCUGUUAAACGUAGGUUAUAGUGCACUACGUCAGACCAGAGCCCUAUGGCUCCCUAUUGGGGCGGCUGGGUAGCCUAGUGGUUAGAGCAUUGGACUAGUAACCGGAAGGUUGCAAGUUCAAAUCCCCGAGCUGACAAGGUACAAAUCUGUCGUUCUGCCCCUGAACAGGCAGUUAACCCACUGUUCCUAGGCCAUCAAUGUAAAUAAGAAUUUGUUCUUAACUGACUUGCCUAGUUAAAUAAAGGUAAAAUAAAUAAAUUGACGGGAGCCCGAGGGGCACUAAUAGGAAACAGAGAGCCAUUUGAGGUGCAUUCCCUUAUCCAUAAAAUCCCUGCUCUGCUCAGAGACAUUGUUGGGAUUUGGGGAAAAUGGGAUUAUUUAAAAGCCAUUGCGAAAUGAUUUAAUGGUCCAAUGCAGCUGUUUUUAUCUCAAUAUCAAAUCAUUUCUGGGUAAUAAUUAAGUACCUUACUGGGAUUGUUGUCAAUUAAAAUGGUCACAAAGAAGGACAAAAUGCAUUCUUAGCAAAGGGCAAUAUUUUAGCUCUGGCUGUCUGGGAGUGGUCUGAGUGGGGAGGGGAAAACAGAACAUUAGCUGUUAUUGGCAGAGACGUUUGGAACUCUUUCUUAUUGGUCUAUUUACUGCAUGGUGACCAUGGAAGGACAAAACUCAAUCUCAACAAAAGAGGCUUACAUUUCAACUGGUCUUUUCAAACCGUUCUUACACUUAAAGGGCACUAUCAUCAUUCCACAGUGUUAUUCCAACCUCCUAGUGUGGAAAGAUAGAUAAAACACAGGAAAUCGUUUUUGACUGGGCCUGUAUCCUUUUAAUAUUUUUACAUAUUACAUUUUGGUUACAUUUUUUGUAAUUAUUUCAGAUUACUAGUUUAUGACGUUGGGCUAUAAGAGAGCGAGGGAUGUUGUUGUUACUCAGUGCCUGUGUUUUUGGCACAUUUUCUACUAGCCCAGUCUGAAAAUGUAAUUUAACUUCUAUCCCUGAGCACAGUGCUUCCAUUUGAGCUGUGGGACUGAAUACUGUGUAACCUACUUUCUAAAUCAAACAUUUGUACUAAAGGUCUAUUGAUAUUUCUGCCUAUAAUGUUACCAUAGAGAAUCACACAAAUAUUUUAAUAACUCAUUUAUGUAGAUUGAAAGAAAAAAUAUAUCAUCUGUAUCACUGACAAAUUAAUUAUUUUAUUAAGAAAAUACAAAUUGCAAAUUGCAUAAUUCGAAAUAUUGAAAUCUUUAAUAUAUGACUUAUAGAGAUGCCGAUUAUGAAUGCUAUUGCUGUAUAGCAUUUUGAAGUAUUUUUCACCAGUUAGAUUGUUUUGGACUAUAAAUGACGCUAAAACUAAAAUUAAUGAGAAAAUAUCCAUAUGAUUGUACUCUAAAUGGUCUGGUUGUGACCGAGAUCACAUUGUAUUGUAAAUGAAGUGAUCAAAUAUCAAGGUUUUGUGGAGAAAAACAAAAUGCAAAAAGCCUGAGGUACAUAUCCCAUCCUACGCUGUUCUACAGCCAGCCUAUAGUGAGCCCCCUAUAGGACAAGGGUAUUCAACUCUUACCCAACCAGUUCCAGAACCUGCUGGUUUACUGUUCUACAGCCAGCCUAUAGUGAGCCUCCUAUAGGACAAGGGUAUUCAACUCUUACCCUACCAGUUCCAGAACCUGCUGGUUUACUGUUCUACAGCCAGCCUAUAGUGAGCCCCCUAUAGGACAAGGGUAUUCAACUCUUACCCUACCAGUUCCAGAACCUGCUGGUUUACUGUUCUACAGCCAGCCUAUAGUGAGCCCCCUAUAGGACAAGGGUAUUCAACUCUUACCCUACCAGUUCCAGAACCUGCUGGUUUACUGUUCUACAGCCAGCCUAUAGUGAGCCUCCUAUAGGACAAGGGUAUUCAACUCUUACCCUACCAGUUCCAGAACCUGCUGGUUUACUGUUCUAUAGCCAGCCUAUAGUGAGCCCCCUAUAGGACAAGGGUAUUCAACUCUUACCCUACCAGUUCCAGAACCUGCUGGUUUACUGUUCUACAGCCAGCCUAUAGUGAGCCCCCUAUAGGACAAGGGUAUUCAACUCUUACCCUACCAGUUCCAGAACCUGCUGGUUUACUGUUCUACAGCCAGCCUAUAGUGAGCCCCCUAUAGGACAAGGGUAUUCAACUCUUACCCUACCAGUUCCAGAACCUGCUGGUUUACUGUUCUACAGCCAGCCUAUAGUGAGCCCCCUAUAGGACAAGGGUAUUCAACUCUUACCCUACCAGUUCCAGAACCUGCUGGUUUACUGUUCUACAGCCAGCCUAUAGUGAGCCCCCUAUAGGACAAGGGUAUUCAACUCUUACCCUACCAGUUCCAGAACCUGCUGGUUUACUGUUCUACAGCCAGCCUAUAGUGAGCCUCCUAUAGGACAAGGGUAUUCAACUCUUACCCUACCAGUUCCAGAACCUGCUGGUUUACUGUUCUACAGCCAGCCUAUAGUGAGCCUCCUAUAGGACAAGGGUAUUCAACUCUUACCCUACCAGUUCCAGAACCUGCUGGUUUACUGUUCUACAGCCAGCCUAUAGUGAGCCCCCUAUAGGACAAGGGUAUUCAACUCUUACCCUACCAGUUCCAGAACCUGCUGGUUUACUGUUCUACAGCCAGCCUAUAGUGAGCCUCCUAUAGGACAAGGGUAUUCAACUCUUACCCUACCAGUUCCAGAACCUGCUGGUUUACUGUUCUACAGCCAGCCUAUAGUGAGCCCCCUAUAGGACAAGGGUAUUCAACUCUUACCCUACCAGUUCCAGAACCUGCUGGUUUACUGUUCUACAGCCAGCCUAUAGUGAGCCUCCUAUAGGACAAGGGUAUUCAACUCUUACCCUACCAGUUCCAGAACCUGCUGGUUUACUGUUCUACAGCCAGCCUAUAGUGAGCCCCCUAUAGGACAAGGGUAUUCAACUCUUACCCUACCAGUUCCAGAACCUGCUGGUUUACUGUUCUACAGCCAGCCUAUAGUGAGCCUCCUAUAGGACAAGGGUAUUCAACUCUUACCCUACCAGUUCCAGAACCUGCUGGUUUACUGUUCUACAGCCAGCCUAUAGUGAGCCUCCUAUAGGACAAGGGUAUUCAACUCUUACCCUACCAGUUCCAGAACCUGCUGGUUUACUGUUCUACAGCCAGCCUAUAGUGAGCCCCCUAUAGGACAAGGGUAUUCAACUCUUACCCUACCAGUUCCAGAACCUGCUGGUUUACUGUUCUACAGCCAGCCUAUAGUGAGCCUCCUAUAGGACAAGGGUAUUCAACUCUUACCCUACCAGUUCCAGAACCUGCUGGUUUACUGUUCUACAGCCAGCCUAUAGUGAGCCUCCUAUAGGACAAGGGUAUUCAACUCUUACCCUACCAGUUCCAGAACCUGCUGGUUUACUGUUCUACAGCCAGCCUAUAGUGAGCCUCCUAUAGGACAAGGGUAUUCAACUCUUACCCUACCAGUUCCAGAACCUGCUGGUUUACUGUUCUACAGCCAGCCUAUAGUGAGCCUCCUAUAGGACAAGGGUAUUCAACUCUUACCCUACCAGUUCCAGAACCUGCUGGUUUACUGUUCUACAGCCAGCCUAUAGUGAGCCCCCUAUAGGACAAGGGUAUUCAACUCUUACCCUACCAGUUCCAGAACCUGCUGGUUUACUCUUCUACAGCCAGCCUAUAGUGAGCCUCCUAUAGGACAAGGGUAUUCAUCUCUUACCCUACCAGUUCCAGAACCUGCUGGUUUACUGUUCUACAGCCAGCCUAUAGUGAGCCCCCUAUAGGACAAGGGUAUUCAACUCUUACCCUACCAGUUCCAGAACCUGCUGGUUUACUGUUCUACAGGAUAAUUGCACACACCUCUUGUCCCAGGUCUAAAUCAGUCCCUGAUUUAGAGGGGAACAAUGAAAAAGGGCAGUGGAUCUGGCUUGGAGGUCCUGAGUUGAGUUUGAUGGGUGUAGGAGUUAUGCAUGAUGCUCCCAUUCAUACUGUCUAUAUGUUUUCUGAUUGUUCUAUACGUUGAACAGUGAACAUGUAUUCUUCUGUUAUCUGCCUUAAUUUGCUGACUUUUAUAAAUCCACCUGAUGGGGUUUUCUAUGUGUUGAGAUCACCUGAUGGGGUUUUAUAUUGCAACCAACAGGACACCUGAUAGGGUUUUAUAUUGCCUCCAACAGGACACCUGAUGGAGUGUUAUAUUGCAACCAACAGGAUACCUGAUAGGGUUUUAUAUUGCCACCAACAGGACACCUGAUGGGAUUUUAUAUUGCCACCAACAGGACACCUGAUGGGGUUUUAUAUUGCCACCAACAGGACACCUGAUGGGGUUUUAUAUUGCCACCAAUAGGACACCUGAUGGGGUUUUAUAUUGCCACCUAUAGGACACCUGAUGGGUUUUUAUAUUGCCACCAACAGGACACCUGAUGGGGUUUUAUAUUGCCACCAACAGGACACCUGAUGGAGUGUUAUAUUGCAACCAACAGGAUACCUGAUAGGGUUUUAUAUUGCCACCAACAGGACACCUGAUGGGGUUUUAUAUUGCCACCAACAGGACACCUGAUGGGGUUUUAUAUUGCCACCAACAGACACCUGAUAGGGGUUUAUAUUGGUUGAGAUCACCUGAGAAGGGUUUAUAUUGCCACCAACAGGACACCUGAGCUUCUCUGGUGUAAAUGCAUCAUUAUCAAUGAAGACAUGGCAACAAUGGUAAUUAUUCAUGUAAAGUACCAUGGCUUUUUUAAUUACAAUGUGUAUUUUGUUGUACAUAUUUUCUGCUUGAAUGGUACUGCAGAGCAAACCAAGCGGCUUUAUUGUUUUCUCAUUGUCACUCUUUAACUGAAAAGUCAUUUUUUACAGUUUGUCCCUUCAAAAUAAAAAUAAACAUUUCAUUUCUUAAA